AUGGCGACCGAAGCUGGAUGGUCGUGGUCACCAAGACGUGCCAUGGCUCAGCUUCACAAUAACAAUCUCGUGAGCGACGACAGCCCAGUUUUGACUGAGGCCUCCUCGUCACCUGUCGCAUCCGCAGAUAAGGAAAACGCUACCCCAGCCAAGAGCGCAUCCAAGCCCAAGCCCAAGCCGAGGCCCAAGCCCGCUACAACGGCAUCGAAGAAGCGCAAGUCGGACGCCGGCGAGGAAGACUUCAAGGAGAAGCUCUUCCCCGAUGAUGUGGAGGACAUUGACGACUAUGACCCCCGGCUCGACGUCAUCACCGACACGUGCAAUGCGGUCCGUCGCAAGAUCCGCAACUGGACCGAAUCGGGCGCGCAAAAGGUCGGCGAGUUCCAAAGGACUAUCGGCGUCAGCAGCAAGGCCUAUCUCUCCUUCAUGAACCGCACCGGCACCUGGGACGGCGACGGCUGCGACACUUACCACAAGGCGCAUCGCUUCUUCAAGAAGCGCGAGCUCCAGGGUCUUCCUCUCAAGGCCCCCAAGUCCAAGAAGCCCAAGACGGCCGCAUCUGCAAAGGCAGCAGCCGAGAUCCUCGACGUGAGCGGCGUUGACGAGCUUUACGGCGAGGAGACGGGUAGCGUGCCCGUCUUUGACACAUGCGAAGAGAUACGCAAAAAGAUCCGCCACGUCCUGGCCCGCGAUGGCAUCACGCAGGCUGCCUUUAUCCGCGAGAUCAAUAAGAACCUGCCCGAGGGGCAAAGCGUCUCGGCGGCCAACAUGCGAUACUUUAUGGGUCGCAAAGGUCCCCGCGACGGCAACACCAACAUCACCUUCUACGCCGCCUACAUCUUCUUCGAGAAGAAGCGCAUCAAGGCCGGCAAGCCCAAGACGGACUUCCGAGAGGACAUGGAGGCUGCGUGGGGACCAUUGGGCUUUGACAGAGAACACGGAGCCAACACGCAUUACAUUUGCUCGGUCGACAGUGUGCUCGCCAUUAACAAGUAUGGGCAGAUCAAAAGCUACUGA